AUGACGGACGCUGCAAGGCUGAAGGGCACCAUCUACGUGGGCGGACUGGACCAGGCCGUCACUGCCAGGACGCUCAGCGAGGCAUUCAUUCCGUUUGGCGAGAUAACUGAUAUCUCGCUCCCAAAGCCAGAGCUGCCCUCUUCUACAGACCUACACCGGGAGUUCGGGUAUAUCGAGUUCGAGCUGCCCCAGGAUGCGAAGGAGGCGAUCGAUAACAUGGAUCAGAGCGAGCUCUACGGUCGAACUAUCAAGGUUGCAGCUGCGAAGCCACAGAAGGAGAGCAACGAAGGUCUAGGGAGUAAAACCGCUGUUUGGGAACAGGAGGGCUACCUGGCAAAACAUGCCGUCAGCGAGGAAGACCGGAUGGCCACAGAGGAAGCUGGAGAAGCUAGCACGAGCAGAGCUGAGGAUCCAAUGCAAGGGCUGGAGGGACUAGACGUUGCAGGCCCAAAGCCAGCAUAG